AUGCGAAACGAGGUCAAGGCCCUCAUGGCCCUUCUUUCCCGGCAACACAAAGACAUCACAGUACUGGUAGAGGAGAUCUGUGUCCUCUCUCAGGUCGUCCAGGAAGCGAACGGAAUUCUGAAAAUCGGGGGGCACACACAGGAAUUCUUCCAAGAUGUCGUGGCACUCAGGGCGAGCUUGCAGCGCGCGAGACGUACGCUGGACAAUGCCCAGCGUCUAACUACGGAGGUGUUAGAACAGGUGGAGGAGAUGAUGGUGCAGAUGGAGAGGGUUCGGCGGUAUGCCUGUUAG